AUGCUCAGUAUCAAGCUUAUGCUGCCGGUGAUGGCCACCAAGUUUGCGAUCUUCCAACGAUUGACGGUGCAGUGCAUCUGGUCGAGGCGCAAGGCUUUCACCGUGAAGCCGGGGGCGUGA